AUGGACUCGCUAGCAGAAUCUAUCAACCAAUUUGCUCUGGAGUUUAGUAAAAAGCUAGCUGAAUUUGCUGAGGGUGAAAAUAUCUUCUUUUCUCCCUGGGGGAUCUCAGCCUCCUUGGCCAUGGUGUAUUUGGGCACCAAAGGGACCACUGCAGCCCAAAUGGCCCAGGUUCUUCAAUUUAGCAGAGACCAGGACAGCAAAUUUUGUCCUGACAGUGAAAAGAAGAGGAAAAUGGAAUUUAAUGUGGGCAAGCCUGAAGAAAUACACUUUGAUUUCCAGACAUUUAUUUCAGAAAUCAACAGUUCCGGCCAUGCUUGCAUACUUAAAACAGCCAACAGGAUCUAUGGGGAGAAAACUUAUCUGUUUCACAAGAAAUAUUUAGAAGACAUGCAAACAUACUUUGGUGCAGAGUCACAGUCUGUGAACUUUAUGGGAGCUUCUGACCAAAUCAGAAAGGAGAUCAACUCUUGGGUUGAAAAACAGACUGAGGGAAAAAUCCUAAAUCUCCUACCUGAUGAUGCUGUGGAUCCUACAACCAGAAUGGUUCUGGUGAAUGCCCUUUACUUUAAAGGAGUCUAGGAACAUCAAUUCUUAGUCCAAAAUACCACAGAAAAGCCUUUCAAAAUAAACAAGACUACAAGCAAACCAGUGCAAAUGAUGUCCAUGAAAGAAAAACUUCAAGUAUUUUACAUAGAAAGUCCACAAGCCAUAGGCCUUCAACUCUACUAUGUGAGUCGUGACCUCAGUCUGCUCAUACUACUGCCAGAAGACAUUGAUGGACUGGAUCAGCUGGAAAAGGCCAUCACCUAUGAGAAGCUGAGUGAGUGGACCAGUGCAGACAUGAUGGAGUUGUGCAACGUGCAGUUAAACCUUCCCAAGUUCAAGCUGGAAGAGACUUACGAUCUCAAGUCAACUUUGAGCAGUAUGGGGAUGAGCGAUGCCUUUAACCAGAGCAAAGCUGAUUUCUCAGGAAUGUCCUCAGAGAGAAAGCUAUUUCUGUCUAAUGUUUUCCAUAAGUCUUUUGUGGAAAUAAAUGAACAAGGUACAGAGGCUGCAGCUGGUACUGGGAAUGAGGUGAGUGUAAGAAUUAAACUCCCCUCCAUCGAAUUCAAUGCAGACCACCCGUUCCUCUUCUUCAUCAGGCACAACAAAACCAACUGCAUUCUAUUUUAUGGGAGAUUCUGCUCCCCCUAA